UAUAAUUGCGAGCUCAUAAUUGAAUUAAAAUAUUCAAAUUUUAGAUGAAAUUUAAAGAAAUUAUCAUUUAUUCAUUCCUGGCUACUGUUUGAGUGCACAGCAAAUGAUAUUUAACCAUGAAAUGUGUGGCCACUGGUAAAAAUGCAACAAUUUUGGCGAAAGCGAUCCAUUCGUUUGCUCGUAUCGGAAAUGAGUUGUAUGUGGAAGCGGAUUCUAUUUCUGGUCUAUCGUUGCGGACAGUCAAUAUGACAAAAUCAGCCUUCGCUUCAGUUGUAUUCAAUUUAGAUUUUUUCUCUAGUUUUGUCGUUAAGAAUGCCGAAGAAAAUCAAUGUAAAUUAUCGAUGAAAUCGUGCCUUGGAGUUUUUCGCAAUAUGAAACAGGUAGAGUCAUUCACGAUGUCAUUGGAUACAAAAACCUACAAAAUGAUUGUACAGUUUAAGUGCCGUUUAGAAACGAUAAAAACACAUCACAUUUCCGUAUUGGAGCAGGAGACAUUGCAGGCCGCCUAUGUUACAGAUCGUUCACUCAAUGUGCUUGCCGGUAAUCAUAAGCUAUUCAGUAACAUUGUUUCAAGUUUUAAGGCCAACGAAGAAGAGCUAUCGAUUAUUGCAACAGAGAAAAAUAUAGUCGUUCAAAACUAUGCAGAAGGUAUACAUGUUGAUAAUCGAUUUGUGCGCUCGCAAAUCACAUUGAAAUCAGACGAGUUUGAGAGCUUCACAAUUAGCCAAAAUACAACGAUAACGUUUUGUAUGCGAGAGCUUAGGGCCAUUCUGAAUUUUGCCGAAUCGAUGAACACAAGCAUCUCAGCGAAUUUCAAUUGUGCUGGCGAGCCGGUGGUUUUUGUGAUAAAAAAUGUAGACCUAUUCGAAGCAAAUUUAGUGAUGUCAACGCUAUCGCCUGACGAUGAAUUGUCCGAAUGUCAACGAUCUCGAUCUUUAGUUCAAAUAAAUUCACAACCAGAUAAUGUGGCCAUUGAACGAACAAAUGCCGAUGAUAACGAUGAACAACAUCAGGAGGACAAUGUGAGCGGUUCGUCUGCGAAAAAGAGAAAUUUAUCAAAUGGAACUGAUUUUGAAUUCGGAAUAAGUAGACAAGUUGCGUUAGAUGUGUUACGCAAAAAACGUAGAACAUCAAAUGAUUGUCAUGACACGAGAGUGCCACUGUUGGAUUCAUCGAAUUCAUCCGAUCACAGAGAACAAGUACCACUACAACCGCCACCUAUAGACCUGGAGAGUGAAAAUAUUGAUGUGGUUUUCCAAGAAGACUCGAUUCCAAUGGAUACAUUGGAUCAAGGUACGGUGGUCGGAGAAGAUUCAGCAAUGCAAGAGUUAAAUGAGAGCGAAGUAAAUGGACGCGACCAUCGACCUUUUGUGCGACAAGUUUUCAAACGAUGUUUCACGGGAAAUACGCCACAACCUAUGUCAUAUGGCCAAAUAUUGGCUGAAGCAUCCGAUGAAGAGUAAUUUUAUGAUUUAAACAUUAUUUAUAUGAUUUUUAUAGCGUUGAAAAAAUAUAUUAUUAAAUUUUAAUCAACAUUGUUGAUAAUAUUUAAAAUU